CAACUCAAUGCAGUUAAUCAGCAUUCUGAAACUGCAUUAUAUGUCAGUGUAGAUCCAGCCAAAGUCACAAUUCUAACAUUAUUGCCAUGCCCACGAUUCUUACUUCAAUCUAUGUUGCCAGGCAUCAGCUUCAUGGAAAGGAGGAGGACCAAUCUCUUGAUGAACAAAGCAUUAGUUUGUGGGUGUUCUGGCCAAGAGAGGUUACUUAGUUAAAUACUUAGUGAAGUAUCAGCUAGUACAGUAUUUCAGCAAAUGUCUGGAUCAAAGAAAAAUGUUAGGAAAUUGAAGCUGGUUUAAGAGGAUGAUUGAAAACAGACAUUUAUAAAAAGUGUCAGCUAUCUGAGUUCCCCCUUCCUGGAAUCAUAUAUAAAGUAAGGUGGCCUUUUGCAGUUGACAGAUCAUGAUUUUGUCAAUGUUUAUUGUUUUCAAAUGCCGACUGAGAUCUUUUGGCACAGCACCGAGUGUGCCAAUUACCACUGGGACUACCUAUACUGGUUUAUGCCAGAGCCUGUUCAGUUCGAUUUUGAGGUUCUGAUAAUGGCUGAGUUUUUCUUGUUAUUUUUUUGUCAAUUUGACUGUCACCUGGUAUGGCAACAUCAAUAAUCCAAACUUUUUUCUUUUCCACAAUCAUAAGAUCUGGUCUCAUAGAGUCUCAACCAAUUCAACAUGGUUUGUGGCACCAUUUUCAAAUCAGGAACAGAUUUUUUUUUUCAAAUUUUAUUACAUAGUGUAAUGGUUGGUGCUGGCACCUGCAUCCUGUUUGGGAUCUCAUACAAAGGGGUUGCAAAUUAAAAAUGAUCUCCUACAGCCCAUGUCUUUAAAUUAGGUGGAAGUGUGUGCUUCUUGAUGCUCAUUGCUGUGUACAUAAGAUUAAAUUUUAACAAUGUAAGUCUAAUUAGCCUUACUAGAGGAGAGGAGCUCAUAACUGAAAGAACCAGGCAUUACUCUGCUGCUGCUAUGGAGGCCCCAUCUACACUUCCAAGUAAUCCAUUUUGAACUACAUUUAUAAUGGUUAGUGUAGGCUCAUAUAAUUCAAACUGAACUGUGGGUUAUAUAAGUCUACACUGCCAUAUAAUUCAGUUCAAUGCAGCAUUCUGAAACUGCAUUAUGUGGCAGUGUAGACAGGACCUUAAAAUGCUGUUGUAGAAGCUCCAGAGUACUCAUUCACCUUUAGAAAAUGAAUAAAUAUGGUCUUGCUUACUUGUCUUAAAAUAAUGUAUGUGCCAUCAAGUUUGCUUCUUGACCUACCAUGUUUCCCCGAAAAUAAGACAGUGUCUUAUAUUAUUUUUUACUCCCAAAGAUGUUCUAGGUCAUAUUUUCAGGGGAUGUCUUAUUUUUCCAUGAAGAAGAAUUCACAUUUAUUGUUGAACAAAAAAAUAUAUGAACAUUUAUUAUAUACUGAACAGUAGUUGUCAUCACAAACCAACAUAACUAAACCAGACAAACUGUGACUCCUGUCAAGAAUUUCUUGUUACUACCAUUAUUUCCAUAUACAACUGGUAUGUACAUUUACCAAUCCUGCAUGCUAUGAUGUUUUGUUUGACGGGUGCCGGGCAUGCUUCCAAACUAAAGCUUUGCUAGGUCUUAUUUUCAGGGGAGGCCUUAUAUUUAGCAAUUCAGCAAAACCUCUUCUACGUCUUAUUUUCUGGGGAUGUCUUAUUUUAGGGGAAACAGGGUAUGUCGUCUCUGUGGAUUUCAUUGGGUUUAAUUAGGCAAAGAAUACUCAAAGUUCAUUUGUGUCAGAUCCUUCCCCUGAAAUAGAGCCCACAGCACCGGGUAUUUGUGCUAGAGGUAGACUGUGAAGCUAAUCAGAGCUUAAGGAUAGAAAAAGAUGCAUACAUCCUUUGGUGUAUGUAUGUACAUAAUGCAAUUCUGUUACAUUAUGCAAUGCCACCAUCUAGUGGGAAAUGGCCAGUCAUAACAUAGCAAUAAGCUGAUCUGCUCUUGUUACUUAGGCCAGAAGCAGAUACCUGAAUGGGAGUCCAUGGCCAAUUUUCAUCCCUUUCUACAUUGCCAUAUGAUCCAGAUUAUCUGCUUUGAACUCAAUUAUAUGAGUCUACACUGCCAUAUAAUCUAGUUCAAAGCAGUUAGUCUAGAUUUUACAUGGCAGUGUAGAAGAAACCUGCAUCUCCAGUCUUCCUCUCAGGCCAAAUCCAUCUGUCUCAUCCCCCAAAUCCAGCAUCUGGUAUUCACUGAUGGUCACCCAUCAGAAUACAAACCUGAGCUGGCUCUGCUUACUUUCUAAGAUCAAAUAGGACCUUGUGCCUUAAGGCGCAUGUGUCAAACUCAUGGCCUACAGACCCGAUCCAGCUCGCCAUGUCAUUUUAUGUGGCCCUAUAACUAUAACUCCUGUAUUUCUCAUCACUAGACCUCCUGACUAGAGCUGAUGGGAACUGUGAUACAGGAACAUCCAGAAGGCUGCAUUUUGUUCUGUUUAGUCAGGAGAGCUGGGUCUGAAUUUAGAUUCAAGGCCUGUGAAUAUGAUGUCUGGAUAAAAUGCCCUUAACCUUUCCCCUUCCCUCAGCACCACAAGUACUGUUGGGUUCAACCCCCAUUAUCCCUAGUCCAAAAGGGAUGGGUUGUUCAGUAACAUCUGGGGACUCACACUGGGUAAAAGCUAAAAGAGCACUGACCACUAUGUAGAAAAAUUAUAGUCUAACCUCUCUUUCCACAGAUUCAACAGCCAUUUGCAUCCAUAAGGUUAAUGUGGCCCCCUAUAAAAAUGAGUUUGACAGCCCUGCCCUAGAGUAUUUCGGACUUAAAAUGCUCUUUUUUGUAAAACUAUCACCAGAUAAACAGAACAAAAAUAUAUUACGUCCUGCUUGCUGCUUGGAUGCUGAAGUCCAGAAGGAAAGUAGUGACCAAAGCUAUUGGCAAUUAUGUCAAAUCCAUUGAGGGCCAUUUUAUUAAACAUCACAAGCAUCUCUUUUUGUUUGAGCUCACUAUUCUAGGCAGACAGGAUGGAUCUGUCAGAAUAAGGUCAGGACAUGUGGCUUCACUCAAUGAUUCUUGUUUGCAUUUUUACUAGAUUGAUGGGAGCCAGAAAGGAAAGACCAUCUCUUUGAACAUACGGCUAGAUAAAACUGGUGGGAUAGUCACAUGAUUAUCCAAUAUAUUAGAGUUUCUUUAAAGGACCUUGGGUUGAGGAUCUAAGCUUGCAAGGUUAGGGGCUAGUGGGGAGGAAGUUUAUUGGCAGACAGAUAGGUCACUCAAUCUAUGGGUCAGUUUCCUAUGCCCAAGCCAAACAUUUCAGCUGUAAUACAGGCAAUACAGGCUAAUUUACCCUGCAUAAAGUCUCUGAGGCCCCUUCUACACUGCCUUAGAAAUCCAGAUUAUCUGCCUUGAACUGGAUUAUAUGGCAGUGCAUCUAGACUGUAAGGAGCCUCGGUGACGCAGUGGGUUAAACGCUUGUGCCGGCUGGACUACUGAUCUGAAGGUUGGGUUGCUGACCUGAAGGUUGCCAGUUCGAAUCUGUGAGGUGGCAUGAGCUCCCGUCUGUCAUCUCUAGCUUGCGGUGACAUGAGAGAAGCCUCCCACAGGAUGGUAAAACAUCAAAACAUCCAGGUGCCCCCUGGGCAACAUCCUUGCAGACGGCCAAUUCUCUCACACCAGAAUUACUUGCAGUUUCUCAAGUCACUCCUGACAUGAAAAAAAACUGCUGUGGCUCAAUGCUAUGAAAGCAUGGGAGUUGUGGUUUCAGAAGGUAUUUAGCCUUUUCUGUUGGUGCCUUGCCAAACUACAAAUCCCAGGGCUUCACAGUAUUGAGCUAUGGCAAUUAAAGUGGUGUCAAAUUACAGUAAUUCUGUGCACCCAGAACCAUGAAUUUGCUGCUGUUUGCAUCUAGAUGCUUUAGGGUACAGCUCCCCAAAUGUGUAACUAUUGGCCAUGCAGACUGUGGGUGGUGGGAGCUGUAAUCCAAACCAUCUAGAACAACAUCCUGGCAUUGAACUUCGUGAUUUAUAAUACCUCAUUCACAAUAGUUCUUGCUUGUUUUUUCUCCUGAUAUUAAAACUCACUCUGCAGAGAAAGCUCAUUUCCACCAGAUGGCAUCCUUACAAGCUCCGAACAGACUUGGUGUAUGUCUCCACUGAUCAAAUGUUAACAUCUUCCAAUUACAUACACUGCUUGACGUUUCUUCACUACCAUUGCAUAUUCAGAGCUGUUAAGUGACUGUUUGGCCCUGAUUUAAAGUUCAAAGUCCUCCACAAAAAUGCACUGUAUAGAUGCCAGGAGAUUAUGCAAUUGCAUUUGAUAUUUGAAUGACAAAGAAGGUAAACAUACCCUCCAGUAUUUGACAGAUGGGGGUAGAGUGGCCAAGCAACAUCAGAAAGUGAUCCAAGCUGGCAAGAGAAUGAAGAAAAACACACAAGCCUGUAGUACAUUUUGCUGUAGUUUUUCAAUGAAUAUCUCACAGAGUCUCAACCAAUUCAACAUAGCUUGUGGCAACCACCAAAGCAAAGUUUCUGGAGUAUAACAACUCCUUUCAAAUUCACUCAUGUCUACAGAACAUGCAGAGUCAUGAUGGUGAAAAAGGUACAUCUGAGAUUGCCAUUUCUUGCUUGAAAGAUCUUCAAGAUCUAGAAAUCUACAGUCCCUUCUCAGAAAUCGCCAUUGGCAAAAAUGUGACACUGGAGUGCAGAUCACAGAAGGGUUGCCUGCCAAUUAACUACACAUUAUAUUUAAACACAACGAAAAUGCAACAUACCAUCCAAAGAAAGGCUGAAGAAAAGGUUGUGUUUAAUAUCACUAUCAAUUCUAUCAGUGAUGUAGGUGAAUAUAAAUGCAAAGCUCAAAACAAUGGAUCUAAGUACAGUCCUGGUUUUACCUUCACAUUGAGAGAUGAGCCCAAGGAUGUCCUUUCUUGCUCGGAUCCUGUAAACAAAGUUGAAAUCUCCAGCCCUGUUUCAGAAAUUGUACUAGGUGGGAAUGUAACACUAGAGUGCAAAUCAGUUGCCAGGUGUCUGCCAAUUUACUACUCACUGUUUCUUAAUAAAGACAAAGCAUUAUAUAAUGCUAUCAAGAGCGAAGAAGAAAAGAUUGUGUUUAAUUUCACUAUCACGUCCAUCAGUCAACUGGGUGAUUACAAGUGCAAAGCUCAAAGCAGGCAGAAUGAUUCAUCCACAAACAAAUACAGUCAUGCAUUCAAAUUUGUAUUAAAAGCCCCAGAAGAGGAAAAGAACAAAUUGAUUGUGUACAUUAUUGCUCCUUUGCUCCUGCUGUUCUUGCUGACGGUGAUUGCUGUAGCAAUUCCUCUGAUUAUCCUUCCUUGGUGUAAAGCGAAAAAUCAGAAGUCAGCCAGAACAUCCACUCAUUUCACUCCUGUUGGAUACUUCAACUCAGAAACAGCAACUUAUGAUGCUGUUGGUAAAGUUGGAACAAUUUAUUCGUUCGUUAUAAAAUCAGAUGGAAAAGGAGAGGAGGUUGUGUAUUGCAACGUGAAAACUGAAACCAUGGAGAGAGAAUGCAGAAAAGGGACCCUCAAGGAGGAUUCUACAGUGAAUUAUGCUGAAAUCGUCAUCAGAAGAUAAACAAGAGCUUGUCUCUCCGAACAAUCCUUUCGUUGCCUUUUGGAGUGUGCUCCAUAAUGAAGAGAGCAAUAUAUCAGAAAUGAAGCCUUGUAGCUUUCAUUGUGCGAAAUAUCGGAGAAGAAUUGUGUUGAAAGGAAGAUACAAAAUGGUCUUUAUUAUUGCUCAGACAUUUUUAGCUGCUGAUAUGUACUUGGUUAAGAAGUCCUUUAAUCUAGAUAUAUGCAUCAUUUCUUUCAUGGUAGUGUUCCUGUUCCUCAGUUGGACAACACCAUUCUCUAGUGUGGCUUCACUGACCAGGAUGGUGAAGAGAAUACUCAUUUCAUCGUAUCUGCAAGGAAGAAAAAGAAAAAUAGCAUGGAGCUUCUGCUAUGAUAUCAUAGCAGUAUCAGAUGCAUGGAUUAAGAAAGUGUACUUCAGAAAUCUAAUAGCCAACUGUAGUGGUGCUGUGUUAAAAAAUUCUGGUCCAUUUCUUUCUAGUUUUCUUCAUUAACUUUUAGUUUAGGGGCGACAGGGGAUGGGGACUAUUAAGAAAUGAGCUUCUUUUCUGGAAAACAGAGGAUGUCUAUUUAAUAAACCACUGUAUUAGGAUGCUUUUUAGGACCAAUGUUACCACUGCUAACUCCAAAUUAGUGUUACAUCUGCUGUAUUUCUUGGCUAAAAACAGCCAAUUCCAACUAGCAUACUUGCAGAGCAACAAUACAAUGAUUUGGAGCAGUGGCGGCAUAUUAAUGGGAAAUGUGGUGAAGGAAUGUGCAAAACUCUUGCCAUGUACUACAAAUUGUUCUAAAAGUGGAUUUUUCCCCCAGAGCAGUCCUGAUAAUUUUCAGAAGGUGGGUGAGUCAACGCAUCAAGCUUACUGUAAUGAAGCAAAUGUCAGCCAACUAUGCACAAUAAAUUAUUUUGAUACGUCAAGGUUAA